UUAACCUUUUCACACCCUUCCCUCUCCCUACCCACAAUCGAAUUUGCCGCCGGGGAAACAAACGGUUCGACUCGGAGAGGGAGAGAUGGUAAUGUCACCUGUGGUUAACACGUACCCUUUGUCCAGCUACACCUUUGGUACCAAAGAGCCGAAGAUGGAGAAGGACACGUCCGUCGCCGAUCGCCUUGCUCGCAUGAAAGUCAAUUACAUGAAAGAGGGCAUGAGAACUAGCGUUGAAGCAAUUUUAUUGGUCCAAGAACAUAAUCAUCCUCACAUUCUUCUUCUGCAAAUUGGGAACACAUUCUGCAAACUUCCUGGUGGACGACUGAAGCCUGGAGAGAAUGAGAUUGAGGGUUUGAAAAGGAAGCUGACCAGCAAGCUUGGCGCUAAUUCACCUGCUCUUGUGCCAGACUGGCAGAUUGGUGAGUGUGUGGCCAUCUGGUGGAGGCCCAACUUUGAGACCAUAAUGUAUCCAUAUUGUCCUCCCCACAUCACAAAACCUAAGGAAUGCAAGAAGCUUUUCCUUGUCCAUUUGUCUGAGAAAGAGUACUUUGCAGUACCAAAAAAUUUGAAACUUCUUGCUGUACCAUUGUUUGAGCUUUAUGACAAUGUUCAGAGAUACGGACCCGUAAUAUCAACCAUUCCGCAGCAGCUCUCUAGAUUCCAGUUCAACAUGAUUACUACAUAACUGUGGCGUGGAUGUGAAGAGUGAACCUUAUCCUUACCUCCCGAGAAAACUUGGAAGGCUGUAGGGUGAUGGUAUUGAAUGAGAGAUUUUUUGUGUUACUUGGGGGAUACCAAAGUUGACUUGUACGUGACACUUACUUAAACCUUAUUCCUAAUAUCUAGUUAGCUCAUGUAGGUCUUUCAUUAACAGUGCAUUUACAAAUAUAAAAUAACAUUAUAUUUUUUUUA